AUGAAAGAACAGCAGGAGAUUUGGACAAAGAGGAGAGAGGAGAGAGAUCGAGGCGGGGACAAUGGUGUCAGUGAGGAGGGUGCGGUCAGCAAGCAGGCGUAUGAGUGGGAGGAAGACGUUGUGGAGUUUGUAGAAGGCGAGUGCCGGCGUGAGGUUUUAGACCGCGAGAUGGAUGGGUUUAUGGGACGGGAGCGUGCAUUGCGGAUGGAAGCACAAGUAUCAAGGAGAGGUACAUCAUGGGUCAGCAUACAGAGUGAAGAGGAAGAGGAGUUGGCGAGGGCAGCAGCAGCAGUUGAGGCAGAUUAUGAGAGGAGCAAAAGGUCAAUUCAGUGGGCAGAGAUGGAGCAGGUAGCACGGGUAAUGAAGGAAGCAGAGGACGCGGCAGAUUUCGAGGCGGAGUUAGACGAUUGGAGCAUAACAGGAUAUCAAUCCAGCCAAAUUUACACCCAGAUAAAAUACCUUAAGCACAGCACAAAGACCCGACAGGAAACGAAGCGCAUUGCGCAAAAGGUGGCAGCCAUUCCAGGUAUAGCCAAGAAUCAGGACGAUUUGAAGAAUUGGAUAUUGCCGCCGCCAACCAUCCAGAUCAACCCGUACAUCCAAGCCCCACGAGACGAUGGAUUAGGAUGCAGCCAUUGCCAAUACGUAGUACGGGAUAAACAGCAGAUGCAGAAGCAUGGCCGGACCGAGCACGGUUGGGUCAGCCGUCGCAAGAGAGGCGGACAGCAGCAAGCCGUGCCCGACGAACAAGAUGCAAUGUUGGCCGUGCCGUGGAGAGACCACGUACAAUGCCAGCAGAGCGACACAGGAGGAGGCCUGGUCUCUAGUCCGGGUGUUGUUCUGGCUGAACAAACACUUGGGGUUAGCGAGAUUGUAUGGCGGUUGCGGGUCGCACGGGCCAUUCCUCAGGACAACGUUCCCCAGGACAACAACGGUGAUUGGGUCGAAAACAGACGAACCCCAACCCCAAGUUGA